AUGCUCACUCUUCGAUCUUCAUCAGAUACCGUACGCGGAUUCCCAGCUACAAAACGCGAUAUGAUACGCCAGCCAUCUGCCGAGGACCUUGAUGCUGCACAUCAGCUGGUUUCUUCUGCGCGAGGCGUCGCGGACUUCCGGCCUGAUAACUUUGACGCCAGCCGGUCGCCUGACGGAGAUAAGGCAAGCGUCGGUACAGGUGCAGCCAUGGACGACGCUGCCUCGAGUGAUCAAAAUCAGAGUGAGUCGCAGCAGCAGCAGCAACAGCACAGUCAAGCCUCGGAGCAAAUAUCGGCGCCAGAAAGCUCAAGUCGCUCGAGAGCGUCGCCAAAGGCUUCGCGGAAUACAGAGGUCUUCUUGGGACACCAGUGUGUGAACUGUGGAACAAAACGAACUCCUUUAUGGCGCCGAUCACUGUCUGGUUCAACUAUCUGCAACGCUUGCGGCCUAUAUCUCAAAGCUAGAAACACGGACAGACCUACAAACCGGGUCCGUGACUCCGGAGCAAACGCAAGCAGUGGCUAUGCGAAUAACUCAACUUCAGAUCCAAGAGCUUCUCCUGUUGCGAGUGAUGUGUCUGCUCAGAACGCAUCCGGCUGUGGAUCUACUCCGGCAGGCACCUGUCCCGGUGGCGGGAGCUGUAACGGAACCGGCGGCGCGGUAGGAUGCGAUGGAUGCCCGGCGUACAAUAACCGCGUAUACAAGGCAGCUCCUCGAGCUCCUUCAGUCCGUCAAGCGAGAGCAUCUCCAUCUGCUCAGACAAGCGAAGAACAGGCUCAGAGCGGACUGGAUGCUUUAGACAGCGCAUCCCAGGAUGCCAGCGGAAUGCCCAAGGCUUGUCAGAACUGUGGCACUACCCUCACUCCGCUCUGGAGGAGAGAUGACCAGGGGAAUACCAUAUGUAAUGCUUGUGGCCUCUAUUACCGGCUUCAUGGGAGUCAUCGGCCCGUUGCUAUGAAAAAAACAGUUAUCAAAAGACGAAAGCGGGUCGUUCCAGCUCUUAGAGACCGUUCUCCAGGAGCUGGGUCUUCAGACAAUUCUUCAGUCUCCCCUGAGCUACACUCUGCCAGCCUUGCAACUAGUAAUGCCGAUAGCAAUGCCUACCCUUCGUCUGAGAAUGGAGGACCUAGCUACGGGGCCGCCCAGUUUCCUCAUAGUGCUCCUCCACCUAUCGACUUCACAGGCUACUACAGCAAACCAACACAAUCUACCUCCUCCCCCGGCCUAAACACUCUGAUCAAUCACUCCCCCAACACUAAGAAACGGACUCACUCUGAAAGCACCUCUACUGAAUCCGCACCCCCAGCUACUCGUAUACAGUCCGACAUUUCAGCUUCUGCACACCUCCCUCCCAUAUACCCAGCAAGUGCUCGCGGUCUACCAAAUUCAGGCCGUCUAAGUUCAAUCUCCUCCUUGCUCAACCAUACAGAUCCCAGUUUUACCGAAUCCCACGUCGAUUCUGCUCUUGGCUCAAACCCUCCAGCCAGAUCCCAGACACAAACUCAACCUCAACCUGGCAGUCGCUCUUAUUCACCGAAUCCAGUGAAAACCCCGUCUACCCAGCCAGCACAUGGCAGCCACUCUAUUCCCCCGCCGUCUCUUACACCCACAGCUGACGAUAACGUCAAGGCGGCGAGAAGAGCUCAGCUGCAGCGUGAGGCAGAGAAGAUGCGUGAAGCUUUGCGUGCAAAGGAAAGGGAGCUGGCUUCAUUAAAGUAG